UUCUUUUGGCAGAUCACACCUACUACACCGAGGUUCAGGCCUCCCACUCGUCCCCUUGAGUGAAAACAAAUUGCAUUUUUAAAAGUUUUUUGCCGAUGCUGCAAGGAAAUGGCAGUCCUGUAAAUAUACCGGCUGGGGUGGACCUUGGCACUUGUCGCUGCGCCUGGUGAACAGAGAGCUAAGGUUUCCCAGAUGAAUGGCAGGCCCUGUGUGGGAACCCGGCCCGCCUUGGUCCACAGGGGACAGUCACAAGCAGCGGCUCAGAAUACUCCGUUGUUGGAAAAGCUCUGAUUGGGUGGAAAUCCUGGAGCCACGCUCCCGCGAGCGCAUGUAUGUGAAUUUGGCAUCCGGUGAGUGCGGCUGGGAUCCCCCUCAAGGCGUUCCUGUCCGCCAGGCAGACGGCAACCAGUGGUGGGAGCUGUUUGACGCCCACAGUGGCCGCUUCUACUACUACAACUCUACCGGCCGCCGCACAGUCUGGCAUCGACCCCAGGGAGCCGAUAUCGUGCCCCUCUCCCAACUCCAGGCCAUGAAGCGAUGCAAGGACGCCAAGCGGACUGGAGGCAGCAUGGAGAGGCACCACCAUGUCACCACGGGGAGUAUCGGCAGCGUGGGCAGCCAGGGGCGGUGCAGCCCUCUGCCCGAGCAGGAUGGCGACAACCCCGUCCCCAGAGCCCCGGAGACCGACGAGGAGACUUCCCACCCCGAGAUGGACCCAGCGGUGGACAGCCGAUCGCAGGGAGACGGAAGCAGCAACGAACUCAGAACAGACGGCAGCAAAGAGCCACAGAGAGAUGCUUCUCAAAGAUGGCAGCCCGCACCUGGUUCAAAGGCAGCCAUGUUGGUGAAGGUGAACAGCAUGAGCCGUAACCAGCCCAGUCCAGCCUUGCAGCAGCAGAACCCCCAGCACAGUGCGCACAUCAAAGCCAACACCUUCACCCUGCACCCAUCCAGCAACAAGCCCCAAGGAGGACACGUGAGCUCCGCCCAGGGAUAUAAAACUGCUCCCUCUGGCAAAAUGACAGCUGACACGCGUCAGGCCCACCACCUGAGAAAAGCCAGCAAUGGCAGCUUCUGUUUGGUGACAUCGGAAAGUGGCCACCCCAGUCCACUCCUUCACAGGUCACAGACAAGCACGCCGCGCCCCAUAUCUCCCCAGUAUGGUUUCACUGCUCCAAUCUACGAUGAUCCAGUUACAGAGUGUCCAAUUUAUGAUGAACCCCCAACAGACAUGGAGGUAGAGGGGGCGCACCUGUACAAUGGACCACCUCUGUCUCGCCUGACACCUACCCAUAGCCUCCAGAAGCCAAGACACCUCCAGCCCCCUGGUUCGUCUCAUCCAGGGACCAGGCACCGGAGGAAUCCUUCCUCCUCUGACUACAGCCCAGCUGGUCUGGAGUGCAUCAAGCACAUGGUGAAUGUGGACCCCAAACUGCUAUCAGGCUCUCCUGUACCCACGCGAACCCCUUCCCCUACGACCAGGCAGGACCCUGUCUUGACCCAGCCUCAGCCACAUCCCCAGCCCCAGGCCCACUCAUUGCCCCAGGCUCGAGGCCAGUUGAAAGACAGAGAGCCAGGCACCCCGGGCCCAAGCACACUGGACAAGAAGCAAAACUGGCGGGUCCUGGAGGCCACUGUGCAGCGUGCCAUGGAGGCACGACACAGCAGACAGAGCAGCCAGGCUUCACAGGACUUCCCCUCUUCGACACCGCAGGCCACAGCAAACUAUCAGGACUCUGGUUACUCCACUGGCCCCUCCCCAAGCCUGAGGAGAAAGAGCAGGAGGAGGGUAGGAGCCGGUGGCGGCACAGGGGGCAGGCCAGGGUCAGUCGGCAGCAGCGGGGAGCUGUGUGCCCUCAACGAGAGGCUGAUGGCUGAGAUGAGGGAAGUGGUGAGCCGCUCCAACACCAUGAGGGAAGUGAGAGCGGGGCUGGAUCCGGAGAUGGGGGAAAGGGUUGUCAUACCUCGAACGCGCUCCCCUGCAGACUCACUCAGGUGGUACGCAGCAGGAGGGGGGUCAGCAGGCAGGUGCGCGUCACGAGAGGACCUGGCUGGGGCUCCGCGGUCGCUGAAUAGGGCCAGUAACCAUGGCAACCCUUCCCUGACCCCUCUGGAAAUACCAGCGAGGCAAAAAAGGACAUACGAAAAGGUGGACACCCUGGACAUGAGUGUGAACAGCCAGGUCAGCCUUUCCUCACCGGACACCCCAGGGCCGCCCUCCCAGGCGGGCACCCUAGAGCUGCAGGCCCAGUUGGAAAGCCGAAAGAAAGGCAUGGUGGACGGCCGGACCGCUUCCCUGGGCCCCCACCGCCCUGCCAACCAUGACAACAGAGAGGGCGGUGAUGGGGCAGGAGGGAGAGCAGUAGGAUCCUUGUAUCCGCUCUCCUAUGCCACCCUGCGGCAGCCCCCACCUCCCGACAUGGGCAUGGAGGACUGGGCCAGCAAGCACCUCAACAUGCACACCCAAGGCCUGUUCCGUCGACGCGUCUCCAUCGCCAACAUGCUGUCGUGGAACCGCGGAUCCAUCAAAAAGCCCAUGCUCGUCACCAGCAACCGAGCGGUCAGGAAGGAGGCCUGCGAGAUGUUCAAGCUGGUGCAGGCCUUCAUGGGAGACAGGCCUUCGCGCCUGGACCGCCGCCACAGCGCCCUGCUCAUCGUUACCAAGUGCUGGGACAUGCCGGGGCUGAGGGACGAGCUGUACGUGCAGCUGGUGAGGCAGACCACGGGAAACGCCACCCCCAGAAGCCUGGCAGCGGGCUGGGAGCUGAUGGCGGUCAGCUUGGCCUUCUUUGCCCCCUCGCCCAAGUUCCGCUGCUACCUGGAGGGCUACAUCCAGAGACACACGGAGCCCACCAGCGACAAGAAAUGUGAGUCUCAGACUGAGCAAGAGGUGACUCUGUUCAUACUGGAACAACAGGAACUAAAGCUGAAGAAGAAUUCAAAGUCCAGAAAGAAGCGAAAACAGAACACAGAGGAGGAAGAGGGCCUGCCUGUCAGCACAUACGCCAAGUUCUGCCAUCGGAAACUGCUGAAGGUUGCCAUCACUGGCGGCAAAAAGGGUCUUCGCAAGCCCACGUUGGAGGAGAUCGACCACAGCAGGCGGGCCAUCGUCACCCCCUCCCUGUUCGGCAGUUCUCUGGAGGAGGUGAUGGAGAGGCAGAGUGAGCUCUUCCCGGACAGGAAACUGCCCUGGGUGCAGGUUCAGCUUUCCCAGUACGUCCUGGCUCUUGGCGGGGCUCAGACAGAGGGCAUCUUCAGAGUGCCCGGAGACAUCGACGAAGUGAACGCGCUGAAGCUCCAAGUCGACCAGUGGAGGAUCCCAGAGAAUCUCUCUGACCCCAAUGUUCCUGCCUCCUUGAUGAAGCUGUGGUAUCGGGAGCUGGAGGAGCCGCUCAUCCCCAUGAACUUCUACAAGCAGUGCGUCAGUAACUGCGACGACCCGGUGGCGGCCAUCGCUGUGGUGCAGUCGCUGCCAGAGCUCAACAGACUGGUGCUGUGCUACUUCAUCCACUUCCUGCAGGUGUUCGCUCAGCCGUCCAACGUGGCUGUAACCAAGAUGGACGUGAACAACCUGGCCAUGGUGAUGGCCCCCAACUGUCUCCGGUGUCAGUCCGACGACCCGCGGAUCAUCUUCGAGAACACGCGCAAGGAGAUGUCCUUCCUGAGGAUGCUCAUCGUCCACCUGGACACCAGCUUCGUUGAAGGGGUGGUGUAGCCGCUUUUAGAGCCUCCUCGGGGGCUGGAAUCGGCCCUCCAGCAUCUGCAGUUACACACAUUUACAAUCAUUGCACAAACACUAUCUCUGUUCAGAUCACACUGGAAACUCUCUGGGGGAGAUAUUACACCUCUUGCGACACAAGGGGUGUGAAAACAGUUUGGACUUUGGACCACUGUGCUCCCCUGCUUUGAUACUGAGAGACGCUACACAUCACCUUUAGGUGUCACUGUGUGUUUAUUAAUGCUAAAAUCCAAAGUGACAGCUUUAGAGGUGUUCACUCUGAUGACUACGGUUUUCUAACCGCUGCAUGUGAAAACAGAUGUACUCUCGAUUCUUACAGAAUGGGUAGUAUAACAGUCACAUUGGUCCACUGCGCUACGUCAAGUGAUAGUCUUACAAUAUUUACUUACAGAAGUGUGUGUGUGCGUGCGUGCGUGUGAUUGUCAGUGUGAACGAAAGACACAGCCUUCCUUUAUCGUGUACAGGAAAUUGAAAAUAUGAAAAAGUAAAAGAACUCUUGUAACGGUGUCUUCACUAAUGAGCUUGCCUGUUCUGUUUUGAGUUGUCGUGUGGAUAGCUGGUAGCUGUGUGGCCACAACUGUUCCGGCAAGAGCACAAGAGUGUUCAUUUCAAAGCACAGACAUGGCAGGAUGUGCUUAAAGCUCUUUGUAACGGAUGGCGGCGAUUUUCCGAGCGAAUAAAGUUGGAAGUGCUUUGAUUUUUACGACUCUCAACACUCAACUGAAGCCAGACAAGAGCGUUGUAAUUAGACUUGAUGUCGCAGAGAUGCGGGAGGCUGGUUAUUCAACCGAUAAUACUCUUUCUCUAUCAUAUAUAAAAAAGAUGUGUCUCAAUUGGAAUGGUGUUCUCUUUUGUUUGUGGUCUGUAUGUUGUUGUUUUUGGCUCAGGUCUCAUGAUUAAACGGGUGUUGGGUGUGAUAACUGUACACGACCUCCCUCACAAACUGAACAUUUGAUUCAUCUACCACCAACCCCACUGUACUGAGAAUGGAGCGUUGUUCAACUGUCAAGCACUAUGAGAAUGUAGAUUAAGCUCUUUGUGUCCCCUCUCAGGCUUCGGUCGAUGUAAAUAAAUUCAGCGUGUAAAUAGUAUUAACUCUCCUGAUGUGUAUUCUAAUGAUCCAGAUUAAGGGUGGAGUAAAAUGUUGCUGUAAAGAGCAAUAAAAAAAAUCACAUUUUUGUAAUUAACCGUUCAUUUUGUCUGCUGUAACAACCUGCCUUUUGAACAUAGGACUGAUUCAGACCACUUUCCAUGUAUGUGUAUGUGUGUUUGCAUAUACCUUGUUAAAAUAUGGAAUGACUCCAUAAUAAAGGUUUGUCCAAUUGUA